AUGGCAUAUCCGGUUUGUAACACUGUUCGGGUUUCUACAUCUAACAACAUAACCACCAUUACUCUGAACUGUUCUUCAGCACUUACUAAACCCCGAACAGUUAACACGGGUUCGUUCCUAGGCAAAAAUGCGGCACCACCAUACAAUCACAAAACUACACCAAUCUCUGACACAAUCAAUAUCUUAGAUGAGUCUGUUGACUUCCUCAAAAGCCUGCUGGUCACACGCAUCAUGCCCUCAUUCUACAUCAUCAUCAUCCUUAUUAGUUUGCCCCUGAACGCUUUGGCCUUGGUGACAUUCACCUGUAGGAUUCAAGAGAAGAAACCAGCUGUGAUCUACAUGUCUCACCUGGCGUGUGUGGACCUGCUCUUCACCCUGCUGCUGCCUCUGAAGAUCCACUACCAGAUGAACGCCUCAGAUUGGGUGUUCGGUGAGGCGGCGUGUCGUGUGCUCAGUGCAGCUUACUACUGCUACAUGUACUGCUCCAUACUGCUGAUGAUGUGCAUGAGUGUGGACAGGCUGCUGGCUGUGGUGUUUCCAGUCCCCUCUCUGACCUGGAGGAGCGCAAGGAAAGCCACAUUCAUAUGCACAUUAGUCUGGCUGCUAGCGCUGGCUGGUACGGUGCCACUUCUCUUAAUGAGUCAAACAGUUAACGUUAAGAAUGUGGGCGUCACCUGCCAUGAUGUGCUACACCAAAAUGACCCUGCAGUACUGUAUUAUGUGUACCUGUUCUCCAUCCUGUCCUGUCUCUACUUCUUCUUGCCUCUGGUUGUCACCAUAGUGAGCUACUUCGCUAUCAUAUAUGCACUAAAAUCGGAUCGCUUAGCAACAUCAUCUUCAAACAACCGAAGGAGAGCUGUGAUUAUGGCUAUCGCUGUGCUGAUUGAGUUUGUAGUGUGCUUUGCUCCAACUAAUGGCAUUCUGUUGUACCACUGUGUUCAUUUAGCUACUGAAGACCACCGCAAGGGAGAUUCAUCAUAUGCGGUUUACCUGUUGGCUGUAUGUUUGGGGAGCGCAAGUGUUUUUCUGGACCCUCUGCUGUACUACUACGGCUCGUCUCAAUACAGACAGCAGAUCCGCUCUGGGUUUUGGUGUGAGAAAGCAAAAAAGAGAGCAAAACCGCAGUCAAACACAAAAACUUCUCAGUGCACUACAGCUGCACAGUAA